AUGCAUGAGGAAGAAAUAUAUACCUCUCUUCAGUGGGAUAAUCCAACACCAAACUCUUGCCAGAAAUGUCUGCCAUCCACCAGGUGUUCAGGAACAUGGUGUCUUGUGAUGGUGAUUUCAUGUAUUUUCUGCAUGGGUUUACUAGCAACAUCCAUUUUCUUGGGCAUCAAGUUGUUCCAGGUAACCACCAUUGCAAUGCAGCAGCAAGAAAAACUCAUGCAACAGCACACAGCACUGCUAAACUGCACACAGUGGAAGAGAAGUCAUGCCCAUCAGAUGAAACAUUGCCAAGCCUUGAGGCAAAGCUCUUUCAGUAGAGCCAAUAACUGUAGCCCUUGUCCAGACAAUUGGAUUCACAAUGGAGAAAGUUGUUACCAUAUCUUUCAAAUCUGGAAAGUUUGGCACCACAGUAAAGAGAAUUGUUUGAAGGAAGGCUCCAUGCUGCUACAAAUAGACAGCAAAGAAGAAAUGGAUUUUAUCAUUGGCAGCUUAAGAAAGGCCAAAGAGAGCAAUGAUUACUGGGUGGGGCUGACUCAAGAUGGACUCAGCAAACCUUGGCUUUGGCAAGAUGGCUCCACUCCUUCCCCUGGCCUGUUGCCAACAGAUAAGUCUCAAUCAACUAACCAGUUUUGUGGAUACCUCAGAAACACCGCCCUUUUUUCAGCUAACUGCAGCAACUGGAAGUAUUUUAUCUGUGAGAAGUAUGCCUUAAGAGUCUCUAUUUGA